UAAUGUGCGUACAAAAUGAUAGUACAUUGUACAUGUAGUACGUAAUACAUGUAAUAAUAACUCAUGCCGGUGGUACUGUGUUCUAGUUACUGAAGCUGAGUAACAUUUUUUCUGUGAACCGAGGUGACUCUGAGCUCUGCAGAUUCUUUUAUCUCUGCUGCAACGUGAAUCAUCCUCACCGAGUAUUUCUCAAAACACUGGCGCAUAUAAAUUCACUCCUACUCCUAGCCUAGGUGUAAAUAAGAAGAGAAACAAAGUCUAGAACAAAGUAGAAGGUCUGAAAGUCGGAGGAUUGUCUAACAAGUGUGAAACGCUGCAAAAUGGCAGACGGAGGAAAUGACGAUAUUGCAACAGCUAUUCUACGUACCAAGGCAAAGCCCAAUAGGCUCAUUGUGGAAGAUGCCGUCAACGACGACAACUCCGUUGUGUCCCUCUCACAGGCCAAGAUGGACGAACUACAGCUCUUCAGAGGCGACACUGUCCUCUUGAAGGGCAAGAAAAGGAGGGACACAGUAUGCAUCGUACUCUCAGACGACCAGCUGUCGGACGACAAGAUACGCCUCAACCGUGUCAUCAGAAACAACCUGCGCGUUCGCCUGGGCGAUAUUGUCAGCGUCCAAGCGUGCCCUGAUGUAAAAUAUGGAAAGCGGAUCCAUGUCUUGCCAUUGGAUGACACCGUGGAAGGAUUGUCUGGGAACUUGUUUGAGGUGUAUCUGAAGCCCUACUUCACCGAGGCCUACCGCCCCGUCCGCAAGGGCGAUAUCUUCUUGGUUCGCGGAGGUCUGCGAGGCGUGGAGUUCAAAGUUGUGGAGACCGAUCCCGGACCCUACUGCAUUGUGGCGCCAGACACUAUGAUCCAUUUCGAAGGAGAACCGAUCAAAAGAGAGGAGGAAGAGGAAGCCUUGAAUGAAGUUGGUUACGAUGACAUAGGGGGAUGUCGCAAACAGCUGGCACAGAUUAAGGAGAUGGUUGAACUACCGCUGAGGCACCCUGGAUUGUUCAAGGCCAUUGGUGUCAAGCCUCCAAGGGGUAUCCUUCUGUAUGGGCCCCCCGGAGUUGGCAAGACCUUGAUUGCCCGAGCCGUGGCCAACGAGACGGGCGCCUUCUUCUUCCUCAUCAACGGGCCCGAGAUCAUGAGCAAGCUGGCGGGCGACUCGGAAUCUAAUUUGCGCAAGGCCUUUGAAGAGGCCGAGAAGAAUGCGCCCUCCAUUAUCUUCAUUGAUGAACUGGACUCGAUUGCCCCCAAACGAGAGAAGACACACGGUGAAGUGGAGAGACGCAUUGUGUCACAGCUGCUGACCCUCAUGGAUGGAUUGAAGCAGCGGGCGCACGUUGUCGUCAUGGCAGCAACCAACAGACCAAACAGCAUUGACACCGCCCUGCGACGUUUCGGUCGAUUCGAUCGCGAAAUUGACAUCGGCAUUCCCGACGCCACGGGACGUCUUGAGAUCUUGCGCAUCCACACAAAGAACAUGAAGCUGGCAGAAGACGUGGACUUGGAACAGAUUGCCAAUGAGACCCACGGUCAUGUUGGCUCAGAUCUGGCCGCGCUGUGCUCGGAAGCGGCCCUGCAGCAGAUCCGCAAGAAGAUGGACCUGAUUGACCUGGAGGAGGACACCAUCGAUGCGGAGGUCAUGGACUCGCUGGCCGUCAACAUGGAUGACUUCAGGUAUGCCCUAGGCAAGAGCAGCCCCAGUGCCCUGCGCGAGACGGUGGUGGAGGUGCCUAACGUGACGUGGGACGACAUCGGGGGCCUGGAGAGCGUCAAGCGGGAGCUGCAGGAGCUGGUGCAGUACCCUGUGGAGCACCCGGACAAGUUCCUCAAGUUUGGCAUGACGCCCAGCCGCGGCGUACUGUUCUACGGUCCCCCCGGAUGUGGUAAAACUCUGCUGGCCAAGGCCAUUGCCAAUGAGUGCCAGGCCAACUUCAUCUCCAUCAAAGGACCAGAGCUGCUUACUAUGUGGUUUGGAGAGUCGGAAGCCAACGUCAGAGAUGUCUUUGAUAAGGCCAGGCAAGCGGCACCAUGUGUGCUGUUCUUUGACGAGUUGGAUUCCAUCGCCAAGUCUCGCGGAGGCAACAUCGGUGACGCUGGCGGGGCCUCAGAUCGCGUCAUCAAUCAGGUCCUGACCGAGAUGGACGGCAUGUCGGCCAAGAAGAACGUCUUCAUCAUCGGGGCCACCAACAGGCCUGAUAUUGUCGACCCUGCUAUCUUGCGUCCCGGCCGUCUGGAUCAACUCAUCUACAUUCCCCUACCUGAUGAGCCGUCACGUGUUUCAAUCCUGAAGGCCAACCUUCGCAAGUCACCUGUUUCAGCGGAUGUAGACAUGGUGUACCUGGCCAAGGUGACGCACGGCUUCAGCGGCGCUGACCUGACCGAGAUUUGUCAGCGUGCCUGCAAGCUGGCCAUUCGUCAGAGCAUCGAGGAAGACAUCCGCCGCCAGAGAGAGCGCGCCGAUAAUCCUGACCUGGAUAUGGAAACCGAUGAGGAAGACCCAGUGCCGGAGAUCACCCGAGCCCACUUUGAGGAAGCCAUGAAGUUUGCUCGCCGCUCCGUCAGCGACAACGACAUCCGUAAAUACGAGAUGUUUGCACAGACCCUCCAGCAGAGCAGAGGGUUUGGGGGAAACUUCAGAUUUCCUGAAGCACAGGUGCCAAGCGGAGGUCCGGCGCCCACCGGAUCUGGGGCUGGCAAUGACCCCGGCUUGUAUGCGGAUGACAACGGUGACGACGAUCUUUACAGUUAGUGAGAGAUUCCCUCCAGGAUUCUGCCCACAUCACUGGGUCGGUAUGGAAAACGGGGCUCCGCCGACCUACAGUCUUACUUUCGACAGUUUAAUGGACGCAUCUGCUACUCAAAAGGCCUACCGCAUUCUUCAUUCCACGGUGUGCAACAACCUCGUUAAAAAGAGAUCUAGGGAAAGAUGUUACUGUCGAAGUGUCACAUUGGCGUAUUGGGACAUUCAUAGGAUUAAUGUAGGUCUGUUCUUUGCACACUAAAGUUUUUUGGCUUCAGUUUUGUUCACACGUAUUUCCUCCAGUCCUCCUGUAAAAAAAGUUCUGUAUUGCCUCGAAAAAGAAGGAAAAACAAUGAGGGAUAUUAAUUUUGGAUUUUGGCCCUGCCCGACGUGUAUAGUUUAACACUGUAUGCUCAGCGUAUGCCCCCGAAGAAUGAAUUCCAUCUCCCCGGCGCAAAUCUAUCGGAAUGGGAUAUCUUGGAAUGAAUGUUGAUUCAUGUAUUAGCUUUUUGCGUGCUAUUUGAUUUUGACAGUGUUCGGAGUUGCAGACGCCAUUUUGUAUAAAAAAAAAAUUAACAGAAUUCCAUAUGUAGAAAUCAAUCAUGAUAAGUAUAUGAGGUAAAAUGAAAGCUUUGUUUAUAUCAAAUUGUAAUGUAGACUUCAUAUUAUAGACUGGAAUUUCUCACGGUGAAGGUAGAUCCGGGUCUUAUAAAGUGGCUAGCGUCUAGUCCAGGUGAAAUAGAUACAAAAACAACCCAAGAUUCAAACUUUGCACUGCAUUCUGCAUUAUGUAAUGUUACCUCAACCUUUGUAUUGGUUGAUAUUUGACUACCGAAAUGCAGUGACUGUAACAAGUAUAGCUACGCAAUGCAUAGAAUCCAGCACCUUUUUGGGCAAAACAAUGCGAGAUCAACAAAACCACCCGAGUCCAUUUUGAUAAAAUGGUGCAGGAAUGACAUCAUUCAUGAGUCAUCUGUCCGCAUCGAGCAGAAGCACCACCCUCACUGGUCGAAAGGAGCUUCCAUUGUCAGGAAAACAGUGCUCUAUCUUGGUCUAGCACGAGGCCCAUACGGGCAUCUGAUAUCAUGUAUAGAUAUACGAGUGGGCAUGAAACCCUUUCUUGAGACUGCCGUGGUGGCUACUCCAGAUAAACCUGGUGAUUUGUGCACCACUGACUGUCUGGUCAGUCUGUGUUCUUAUACGCUUGUUUCCUCAACUAGCCGUGUCAAAGUAUGACCUGAUUUUUCUAGGAGUUGAAGCAGGAGGGAAGACGGAAAAGAGAGAAGAAAUGAUCUUACGUAAUGCAAGCACUGAUCCUUUGUAUGACUCGGCCAGUUUGUCGGUUGUGUCUAUAACUGGUUUCAUGUCACAGAAAUGCCCUGUAGGUCAACUGCUGUGAAGGUUGAAGUUACUCUUGCAUCUGUGGCCAGUAAACAAGGGGGCCUUCUUAAUGAGACAAGCCCUUUGAGCGGUCCCACAAUCACUGCAGACAUAUAAAAACAGCGGGCCUUCCAUCCAGUGAGCACAUUUUAAAACUUAUUUCAGUUUUGUCAGGUGUUAAAAGUUGGUUUCUUAAAAUGAACAACAGACUGAACAGGUUUGACAGUUUCUAGUCCAUUGUAAUUGGGUUAUUUUUCCCGUGUAGUUUCACCAUUAUUGAUUUGGAUGAUUGGAAAUGCUGAAUUUGCGUCACUUACUGCGAUUUCUGUUAUCCACUGCAUGAAGGGAGCAACUUCAAGCCUAAAUAACACGAGUCAAAAAUCUCCUGAAGGAGAUGUGCAUCUCAUUUGUCAAGUAAUUCUUGUACUGUUUGACUGGGAAAAUUAUUCAACAUGAGUGUGUUUCUUCGACCUUCACUGGUUGUAUGUAGCUAGAGCAUUCAUAUUUAAUGCAGUUUUAAAGGGGCAAGUGACUUUAUUUAAAAACAUUUGUAGUUACAAUGUUUAUUUUUAAAUGCACUUUGACAGAUUCUUAGUGACAUGUUGAGAUUCUGCUGACCAACAAACUUUGAAAAUGAAUUAAAAUUCAUUACCACUGCACUUCGAAUCUUCUCAGUAUUGAAAUGCAUGACUCAAGUAACACAAGGUUGAUGAUAACAGUGGCUGCAUGUGCGGUAAUUUCCCCUCGCACACACCUAUACUUAUUUGUUCAUCCAUAAUGACGUCUUUGACAUUUUGAUUAUUUGGGAUAAAUUUUCAGACCCACCUUGAGGUGUAAAUAAGGGAGAACACGAGUUGACAUGUUGGAAUAAAUGAUUGUAAAACAUAAGUCAGCACAUGUGAUGGUGAUGGAGCCCCCACCCAUUCUGAGCUCAGUAGUAAUUACACGAGAGAAUUAAGCAAUCGGUCUCAAAAAUAAAAAAAAAUGCUUAGUUGCCACGCUGGGCUUUACUUAAUUGCUUAAAUGUUACAAACAUUGUAAGUCUCCUCUUGAAGCAUAAUUAACAACUUAUUUAGUGUUACUGUUGUCUUAAUAAAUGUUGAUUAAAAUUGAUUGAAUAAAAUGGCUUUUCUUUAUGAUUCUUUA